AUGCCGCAAGUAAUCAUUAUUGGUGGUGGGCUCGCAGUAAGUAUCUUCAACCGCAUACUACAUAAGACAUUGAUCAUUGACGACUCUAAGGGACCGGUUCUAGCGUUGGCCUUACAUAAACACAAUAUCAACAGUGCCAUCUAUGAGCUGCGACCCCAGAGCUACAGGUCAGGGGGUAAUAUUGCCAUAGCCCCCAACGCCGCUCGAGUGUUGGACCACGUCGGCGUAUAUGGUCGUCUGCGUACCCAAGGCUUCAACUAUGAAGAGAUCUCGUUCGAGAAUGGUUCUGGGAAUAUACUCGGAAAGUUCCUAAAUGGAAGCCAAAAGCAUUAUAACUUUAGUGCUCUCCGGAUCAAACGAUCCGUUGUGCAUGACGAACUCUUGGCUGCCUGUGAACAGCGCGGUAUUCCUAUUCAUUACGAGAAGAAGUUCAAGAGGAUUUUAUCAGAAACAAAUGAAAAUGCGACUGCCGUGUUCGAGGACGGAGAAGAAGUCACCGCCGGGUUCGUGGUUGGAUGCGAUGGUAUUCACUCAAAAGUAAGAGAUCAUAUCGAGAUUGUUCGGCCAGAAUACAGUGGCCUCAUGGGUAUCAUGGGAUCGGUGACGGAUACAGAUCUCACCUCAAUGCAUGCUACAUCGCCUCCGCCUCUUCCUUCAAUGAUGUUUGGCGCUAACGGCUCUUUCGCCAUCAUGCCAUCCAGCUUCGAUGGUAAGAAAAUCGGGUAUUUUGCUACUAUUGAAGCAGAAGACCGUAUCCAGGAGGAGUGGUCUCAGCUAUUCCAAAACAAGGCUGAACUUCAUCAAUGGCUCACGGAUCGCUUUGCCUCCUCCAGCUCACGCUGGCCAGCUCUAGUCCAAGAGCUUUGUGACAAAACCCCGAACGAUACAUUGACGAGCUGGCCAUUUUUCUCGGUUCCGACACUUCAAAACUGGAAGUCCGCUGCCCAGCGAGUGGUUGUUAUCGGCGAUGCAGCACACGCGAUUCCGCCAACUGGCGGCCAGGGUGCGGCCAUGGCCUUCGAGGAUGCUGAAACGCUCUCUUACGUGCUGGAACGCCUACGCGACGUGCACCUCGCUCAUCCCGAAGGUAGCCAUGAGUUGUUUGCAGGUGACACCCUCGAAAAGUGGCAGCGACACCGCCAGGAUCGCAUCGUCAAAGUUUUAGAUUUUACUUCCAAGAAUGGAACUUUACGCAAGAGUAGCCCGCACGCAUACGAGCAGGCUGCUAAAGAAUGGAUCAUUUGGGCUGCUUUCAAACUCAUGGGUGCUGAAGCCGGUGCAAAGUGGCUGUAUACCUACAACGCGGAGAAUGUACUCGGAGUAAUCACCUAG